AUGGUAGCGGACCGCACGUCGCUCGGUCCUGCCGAUCACCCUCAUCCGCACGCAGAUGCCGCACGGACCCAUCAUACACGUCUUCCGCUUUCCGGAACCAGACCAGCAGCCCCGAGCCAUUUCAGUGCUGAACUCCGGAAACUGGCUCGAGAGAUGUCUACGCCGACGGAUGAAUACACGGAGGAAUCAGAGUACGAAGAAAGGGAACCCGUACAUGUGCAGCUUCCGAAGACUCCUCUCACUUUGGGAUCUUUACCUUCUGGAGCUGCCUCUUCUCUUUCAGGCCCUGCUGCUCCUGCUCCCUCAGGCCAAGGAGCACUUCCAAUGUGUCCACUGGAAGAGAACCGAUGCUCUCCUGGCCUAGCUGGUCCUCCAGGCAUCAAAGGAACUGCUGGCCAGAAUGGAGUCGACGGAAACGACGGGACGCCCGGAAACGAUGCGAUGGACGAGCUGACUCCGACCUUCCCAAUGUUCUGUACAUCCUGUCCAUCAGGCCCAGAUGGUAAACCAGGUCAGCCUGGGCCCACUGGCCGACCGGGACUGGUCGGCGCUCACGGAAUCCCAGGACCUAACGGAAAGAAUGGUCAGCCGGGAGCUCCUGGCGGAUACGGAAGUGCCGGAAAACAAGGAGCGAUGGGUAGUCCGGGUGAUUCUGGAGAACAAGGACAAGACGGAGUGAUACUUUUGAACACGAAGGGACCGAAAGGGCCGCCCGGAAAGCCUGGACCGGAUGGACAGCCCGGAGAGGAUGGAACCAACAACAACACCCCGGGACCGAUGGGAGAAACGGGAGCGGUCGGGGAAAUGGGACUCGUUGGAGCACCAGGAUUGUAUGGAAAACGAGGAGAGACUGGAGAAGUCGGAACAAAGAGAAUUGAUACGGUUAGUCACUUUCUUAAAAAAAUAAUUCUGAAAAGUUAGUUGAUUUGAUUCCAUGUUGAUUCCAUGAAAAAUAGUUCUAAAAAAGGAGAAUGAGGUCCGGUGUUUGCACUUUCGGAAAUCAAAAACCCGGUUUAGUGCAAAAAAUUGGUUCAACAUUAAAAAAGUUAUUUUAAAAAACCUGUAAUUUCUUUGCAGUCGUGUAAAUGUGAGGAUCUGAUGAGGAAAGCGAUAGAAGUUGCUGAAAAUUCUGCGUAUGUGGCAGUAGAAGCUCAGGCUCGAGCUCAAACCGCCGAACAAGUUCCCCAGGAUGUUCCGCCGAUUCCGACCAGUGCAGAAAUUCGAAGAACCCCGCAGAAAGCGUCGAGUCUGGCGGCUUCUGGGCUUCCGACUUUGGACGAAUUGAGGGGUGAUUAUCAGAAAAAGGAACAGUUCGUCUUGCGCUCAUUUGCUCAGGAGGACGGAGACGUGAAGAAGUUCGCAGUGGCUCCGAGUGAAGUGACUGUGAAUGAGGAGCCUUCCGGACCUUCGGAUAAUCUUAUUCCUGAACUCAUUACUGAAGAUAUUGGAGCUUCAGAAGCUCCGGAAUCCCCGGAAGAAACAAAUGACAGCUUGCUCAGUGAAUCGGAGUCGGAGCCCGCAGCCGAAGUCACCCGACCCGCCCUGUUUGCUCCACCACGAGCCCAAUUUCCACAAGUUGAAGUUGCUCUGAAUCUGUCAGCGCCGCCGAAACUGCACGCCGCCAAAUUCGUUCAAUUGCCACGUGUCACCGGAGAGUCUCGUCAGAGGAGACCGCAGAUUUCGAGCGGAGAAGUGACGCAGCGGAAGGCAGAAGAAACGACAACCUCGAAACGGAGACGGAUUUUGAAAGUGCGACGGGUGCAUCGCAGACAGAGACAUCCCGCUUUCAGAGUGUUUGCGGUGGGUUUUGUUUUUUCCUAUAAUAUUCAUAAAGAAUCCGAGAGACUUGACCAUCUUUUUGACAAUUUUUGAUGGUGGUACUAGAAUUUUCACAAUUGGAAAACCACAAUUUUUCAUUAAAAAUUGCUAUAAUCUUCAAAACGGCUGAAGAAAAUAGAAAAGCACCAUUUACAGAACACGGAAGACGUUGUGAGCCUGGACGAGGGCGAAAAGCCGUUCCAUGUGGAGAGAGAGAUUGCGAGAGAAAGUGAGAAGAAAGUGGUAAACAGCCGGGAAAUCCGACGAUCUCCGAAGCGAUUGACGCAGAAACCAAAGAACGGAAAAAUUGAAAAAGUACUAAUUUAGCGUUCAUCCUAAACGAUUAUUGUCGUUUUUAGAAACUGCGUCGGGUGCACGUGACUCCCUCGAAAACACUUGCCUAUCAACAUCGAGAAAAUGCGAACAUUCUGGAGAAUAUUGCCAAAAGUCUUGGGCUCAUUGAGCAACCGGAUAGGAACGAGCAGAAGAAAGAGAUGAAUCGAGUGCCAAUUCCUUGA